AUGUGCAUUAGGUGGAUAGAUAAGGUUGCUGGUGUUCCUCUGUCUUCAGAAAUAGUUUUGGCUUGGCGGCGGCGGCGUCCCCCCGUACGCGAGGUGCUCUUCUUCCCCUCACGGCCCAGCUGCACCGAAGCGUUGCUUGCCGAGGCGGCGGGGCUCGGAACGACGGCCCGGCCCUGCCCUUGCCCGCUGCCGCAGGGCGACAGCUCCCUCAGCCGCCUCCUCCGCCAUCUUCUCUCCGCCCGCCGCUCCCUCGAGAUCUGCCUCUUCGCCUUCUCCAGCCCACAGCUGGGCCGCGCCGUCCAGCUCCUUCACCGCCGCGGCGUUCGGGUCCGCGUCGUCACCGACGCGCAGUACAUGGGGCUCCCGGGCUCCCAGAUCGGCCUCCUCCGGCAGGCCGGGAUCCAGGUGCGCCACGACCAGGAGAGCGGUUACAUGCACCACAAGUUUGCUGUCGUGGACAGGAGGAUGCUCAUCACAGGCUCCCUCAACUGGACUACCCAAGCUAUCCAGAACAACCGUGAGAACGUGCUGGUCGUGGAGGACGCCGAGUACGUGAAGCCUUUUCUGGAUGAGUUUGAAAGGAUUUGGGAAGAGUACAAUCCCAUCAAGUACAGAUUUUUUUCCAAAGACGACAAAUGA